CGCUUCAAAUAAUCGUUUCAGACGAUGGGACUUUUUUGUUAUGCUACCGAACCGACAGUGGCCGUAUUUACAUAGGUGUUUUUGUUUCCCGGGUGGGAUAAAAAAUGCGGUGCUGUGAACAGGUUUUUGCUGCUAAGUAAUGGCUUGCGUAUAUUCGUCUAGUGCCGCUUAAUCUGAUUGAAUCCAAUCAACUAGUAAAUUUGGUCAACGUGCCCCGACCGCAACGGGGGAACGGAUUGUUCUGCGUGCCAAGCACCGUGUGUGCCUACCAUGUGGGUAGUAUGAAAUGAAUUGUCUCAUGAGUUCAUAACAACAACGCGUCUUUGCUGACUGAACAGUUCCCAAAACAACACGACGCGGACCACUUGUUGCUGCUAUCUCUUCGCUGCAGUAAACACUACACGUCUACAUUAGGAUUGGGGCACGUCGUCGUAUCAGAUCGCGCGCGGUGGAUAGUGAAGGGGUUGGAAAUUCAGGUUGCCGAAUUGCUUCCCAUUCUCUUCCAUUCUUCCCGGGGAAAGUUCUUAUGAUGAAAGUCAAGUGAAAGGUGCUGCUGCUCUGCUCGUCGUUUGGAAGUAAGGAUGCUGCAAUCGACCCAAUAGUCGAAGAACUGAAGCAUACACCCCGGAAUUCGAAGUGCAGCUGUGUGUCCUCUGUGUGUGAAGCGUGUGUUAUAGGAGUACGGAUCGUGGUCACUGGAAUCGAAACUGCCAGCUCAUCGUAGUUUUGUACCUGUUCUUGGGUCGUAGUACUGCUUGGAAUUAAGCAUCGGGUUGAUUAUCGAAAAGCAUCAAGAUGAGGCGAAACCUGCGUACCCUGAUCAAGUACGUGUUUGUAUCUGGAGGCGUGCUGCUGUUUCUAACCCUCAUCAUACGCUCGUUCUCGGUGGACAACAAACAGCCAUCUUUGAAUGGUUUGUUCGGUCAGGCCGAAUCCUUGAUACAACACGCCCGAGAAGGAUCGUUCUUCAACGAACCGGCGAAAAAUGUCCUGCAGAAGCGGAUCGAUUGGCAUAACUAUGAGCUCAUCCACGAGGAGGCCAAACGGGUCGGCAUCGGCGAGCAGGGAAAGGCGGGCCAUUUAAGUGAGAAAGAGGCGGAAAUGAAGGACAAGCUGUUUAAGAAGAACGGUUUCAACGCGGUGCUGAGCGACCUGAUUUCGCUCAAUCGCUCUUUGCCGGACAUCCGGCACCGUGGUUGCCGCAAAAAGCAGUACCUCAGUGAGCUGCCGACGGUGAGCGUGGUGGUGCCGUUUUACAACGAACACUGGAGCACGCUGCUCCGAACGGCGGCCAGUGUCCUCCUCCGGUCACCCUCGGAACUGAUCGCGGAAGUCAUACUCGUCGAUGACUGCAGCACGAAGGAGUUUCUGAAGGACCAGCUGGAUCAGUUUGUGGCGGAAAACAUGCCCAAGGUGAAGAUAGUACGGUUGCCGGAAAGGUCCGGGCUGAUCACUGCCAGACUCGCGGGUGCCAAGGUGGCCACGGCCGAUGUGUUGAUAUUUCUUGAUUCACACACGGAAGCGAACGUUAACUGGCUGCCCCCGUUGCUUGAGCCGAUCGCUGAGGACUACCGUACGUGCGUUUGCCCCUUCAUCGACGUAAUCGAUUGGGACAAUUUUGAGUACCGAGCGCAGGAUGAAGGUGCUCGGGGGGCCUUCGAUUGGAAGUUCUUUUACAAGCGACUCCCGCUGCUGCCAAAGGAUCUUCAGAACCCCACGGAGCCGUUCGAGAGUCCGGUGAUGGCGGGCGGGUUGUUUGCCAUCAGCGCAAAGUUUUUCUGGGAACUCGGAGGGUACGACGAGGGACUGGACAUCUGGGGCGGUGAGCAAUACGAGCUGAGCUUUAAGAUCUGGCAGUGUGGCGGUAGGAUGUACGAUGCACCGUGUUCCCGCGUCGGCCACAUCUACCGAGGUUACGCACCGUUCGGUAAUCCGCGCAAGAAAGACUUCCUCACGCGAAACUACAAACGUGUCGCCGAGGUGUGGAUGGACGAGUACAAGGAGUAUCUGUACAUGCGCGAUCGGAAGAAGUACGAAAACACGGACGUGGGUGACAUCUCGAAGCAGCUGGCCAUCCGGGAGAAGCUGCAGUGCAAACCGUUCAAGUGGUUCAUGACGCACGUUGCGUUCGAUCUGGUCGAAAAGUAUCCCCCGAUCGAGCCGCCCGAUUUCGCCAACGGUGCCAUCCAGAGUGUGCCCCAUCCGGCCCUUUGCGUGGACACGCUCAACAACGGCGAGAAGGGUACGAUCGGGCUGUACUCGUGCGCGGAAGACAAGAAGCAGCCGCAAUCGAACCAGUUCUUCCAGCUCUCCUGGCACCGCGAUCUGCGCAUCAAGUUCGGCGAGAUGUGCUGGGAUGUGUCGGAGAGUGUACCGAAUGCGAAGAUUCUGCUCUACCACUGUCACGGCGGUCAGGGCAAUCAGUUGUGGCGGUACGAGCCGGACAGUCAGAUGCUGAAGCAGGGAAAGAACAAUCGCUGCCUGGACAUGGACCCGACCACCCGGGCGGUGUUUGUGAACCCGUGCGAUGGGGCCAAUCCGCGUCAAAAGUGGCGCUGGGGUUUCGUGAACGCGACCUCCAUCGCCCAGUGGGACACGUACGGAGCGAAGGUGAUUGAAUGAUCGGCCAUCAGGUAAACAAAAGUCUUUCGGAUUCGAUUUGAAAACAGUGGACGAAACACGAAUCAGGACACUUUCAAAUUGCUUGCCAACGACAUAGAGAACUAAUUUGUGUGUGAUCUGACCAUCUAUUUUAAACAUUUUGGUGUACGAAUAGUAGAAUUCGCAAAUAUCCUAAAAGGCAGCUUCUAACGUAUAUCUCAUCACAUUUGGCUUUAUCAGUCUUAUUUUUAGUUAGUAAAACAUUUUGGAAGAAUUUCGGAUACGUUUUCCAUUAAAUUCGGUAAGGGAAAAAAGGGCUUCUCUUGCCGAAGCAUAUGCAAGUAUUAGACGAUCUGUGGGUUGAACUGUACUUAAUUUGGUUUAAAAAAAUUAAUCCUAAAUUGAUAGAUUUUUAAUACUAGAAGGUUAAACUAAGUUGUGGUUCGUGGUACAUCAAACUGCGUUAAAAUGAUGGGCCGUUCGCAUUAAAUUAGAUUUAAAAUGUACGGUGACAGUUUUGCUCAAUUUAAAACCCAGAAAAACAGAUUUCCAAACUACAAUUUCGUACACUGUUUUUUAACUACUCUUUGGUUGUGAAAGUUAAAAUUCGUGUGAAGAAUGACAAAAAAGAAAAGACAAGAACGAAAACAAUCAUUUGCUCAAG